AUAUACAACAUAUGGUAAAACCUGUUUUUAUGCGAUUUGUUUUGUGCGAUUUUUAUUUGUUAGUCGAUCAAGGUGGCUUUAUACACCCGGUAUGCCGCCAUCUUUGUUUUGAAACAUCAGGUUGUACACUCCAAGGCGCUCUGUUCAUUUGUUAUGAACAGAGCUUUCGUUUGACGCUUCGUAUUCCAAGUUGUAACCACGACUCGCUUGAUUUAGGAUUCAUUUUAUAGUGAGAUUAAAGACGGAUGAAGUACACGCUAAAAUGAAUAAUUGUAGCCAAAAAGUGAAAAGAAAGACAAUUCCAUUAGAAACAAAGAUUCUAAUAUUAAAGAGACUAGAAAAUGGUGAAGGAUCCACAGCUGUUGCUAACGAAUUUAAAUUAGGUGAAUCCACUAUAAGAGCUAUACAGAAACGUGCGAGUAAAAUAAAUGAAUCUAUUAAUAGUGCAACAAACGAAAGCAGUAGAAGGGCAUCAUAUUCAAGAAAUAUUGUAAUAGAGAGAACGGAACAGGCUCUCGUGUUUUGGAUGAAAGAUUUAACUAACAAAGGGAUUCCCAUUCACGGAGAUUUAAUUAGAGAAAAAGCCAGAGAGUAUUUCAACCAGCUAAAGGAUUUAGAACCAUCUAGUUCCUCAUCCUGUUUUGAUAACCUGAAAUUUUCUGCGAGCAAGAGCUGGUUAACUGGAUUUUUACGACGUUACGCACUGCACAAUGUGAAGAUACAAGGCGAGGCUGCUGCGUCCGCCGAUGAAACAGGAGCUAAGAAUUAUUGUAAAGUACUAGCAAAAGUCAUUGAUGAUGGUGGACAUUGCCCGGAUCAAGAUGAUACUGAGGAGGUCCACAUUGAAGGUGAAAAUUCGGAAGGAUCUGAAAACGGUAGCAUUAAGCAAUCGAUGCAGGAAAUUGAUGAGAUGUAUGAAUCGAAUUCGAAGCAAAUCAAAUUAUCUCCUUCGUCGAGGUUGAAAUCUGCGAAUUAUCCACCUCAGGACGAAUUUCAACUCUUCGGACAAAGCAUCGCCGUUCAAUUGAAAAACUUAUCCACAAAACGAUCGAUAUACGCGCAAAACGAAAUACAAGCUAUUCUGACGCGUCACAGACUUCUCGAUCUGCAUGACAAAGAAAAUCAAAACACGGAAAUUUUAAAUCAGGACUUUUCGGAAAAAAUCAAAACGGAAAUUGUCGACCAGGAAAUUGAAAAUCGGGAAAUUUCUAACUCGGAUAUUUUCAAACCGGAAACAAACCUGAACCAAUCGACUGAUACAAGUUGUAGUGAAGAACUGAUGGGUAAUGAAGACAUUAAGAUCGAGUACAAUUAUGAUGAAUACCACCUCAAUGACAACUCCAUGAUUACAGCCUCAGAAAAGAAUUCGAGGAAAUGUUAUACAGCAGCGGAAAAGCUGCUGGUAAUAGAAUAUGCAGAGACGAACGGCAAUCGGGAUGCGAGUCGCCACUUUUCUGUGAACGAGUCGAACGUUCGAUUCUGGCGGAAAAACAAAGAGGCGAUACAGGUGUUGCCUCGAAAGAAAAAAGCGAGUCGCGGUCAUCCGCCGAGUUUUCCGCACCUGGAAAAUGCAUUGGUGAAAUGGGUUGUCGAUAGGAGGCAAAUGGGUAUUCGCGUGCCGCGCAUCGAUAUCAAACUGAAAGCUCUGGAGCUCAAAGAAUCUCUUCUGGGCACUGAAGAAUUUAAAGCCUCUUAUGGAUGGGCAGUUCGAUUUAUGAAGAGACACGGUCUCGACGAAGAAGAGGAAGACUUGGGGAGUUUGAAAAGAGACAACGAGGAAGGCUGCGGUGUUUCCGUCGCAGACAGGACGAUCCUCGAACCCAGUGAUACUAAUAAUACCAAAUUCUUAAUGGAUGCUGCUGAUAUCAAAGUGGAAACCGAUAGUUGACUGAUAAACUAAAUAUUUAUAUAGAGAUUUAUAUAAGAAAAAUA